AAUGCUGCGCUCUUUCCCCCGCCCGCCAGUAUCGUAUAAGUGACAGCCACAAACAGAGAAGGUGCGACUGUACAGCGGUGAAUCCAAUUCAACAGGAGAACAACACCUGAAGCUCGAAUACCACAGAGGGAAAUCCUUUUCCGAAGAAGUUUUGCAGUAUGGGAAUAUCUUCCUCCAGCCUUCUGGACGAGAGUAAAUCCAACUUCGUCAGAGGUCAUGCAAAUGCAGAGCUGAAGGACUUCAGCACUUACUACAAGCAUCAGUACCUGGUGGCCUUCUUCUCCAAAGUGCAGGAUGAGGUUGAGCAGAAGAAGACGGGCCAGACCCAGCUGCUCAAACAGAGGGAGCCCCCAAAGCCUGCUGAGGUCCUGUAUGAGGAGAACGUGCUGUUUUUUGAUGAUACCAGGAAGUGGAAGGAGCGGCUUGUGGUUGUGCGAGCCAACUACAGUCUGGAAUGUCAUGACAACUACGAGACCUUUGUGAAAGGUGCACAACCACGGUACAAGCUCCUCCCAACAGGGGGCACUGUGCUGACAUCAGAGGAGAAGUACAUGGUCUUGGUGGACAAGUUCUGCCCUGACCUUAACAACGUGAAGGAGGAGUUUGCCCCUCCCAUGGCAACCUUGCCCGGGCAGUUCCCAGUGUACCUGAGGCUCCCAUAUCGGAGGGACUCCUACUUCUGUUUCCGACAAGAGGCCCGUCGGACCCAGUUCAUCUCCGUCCUGACCGACUGCAUCCGACACCAGAACCAAGAUUUCCUAAGGAAGACGGCAUGUGAGGUGCAGGCUUUCCGGAAGGCAAUCCAGUUCUCCAGACAGGAGAAGGGUCUCUAUGAUUCAUGGGAAAUGCUGAUCGGCAGCGACGUGAGGGUCUUGUCCAACCUGGUAAUGGAGAAGCUGUUGCCCACCCUGCAGACUGAAUUGUUGCCUCGUCUGAAGGGAAAGAAGACGGACAGGAAAAAAGCAUGGUUUGCUACGGUGGAGGCCGCCUACAUCCUGGUCCAGGAAGAGCUCCUGGCGGGGCUGACGGCUCUGAAGCAGGAAUGCAGAGUGACGGCCAAGCAGCAGGAGGCCCUGAUCCGCUCCAACAUGGACCAGAUCAUCACCUCGCAGGACUUCCUGGCCGGGAAGCUGAGAGCCAUGGCGACGGAGCCGGCGGCGAAGUUCUGCUCCGAGCACGUGCAGCCGCACCUGGCGCCAGUUCUGGAGGAGCUGAUGGGCCCGGUCAGCGUGGGUUUCCAGGAGACGCGGGCGCUGUGCGAGACGCAGAUGAGCCAGCUCUGCCAGGACUUCCAGGAGAACUGCAGCAUCGAGGAGGUCAAGCUGGCUCUGGGGAAGAUGCGGAAGACCGAUCUCCAGGGCUGCUACGCUAAGGUGGACAUCCUCCAGGGCCAGCUGCAGGAGCUCCACAGCCGCUACGGCUUUUGCAACUGCACGGGCCUGGUGCACAGCACUCAGAUCGACAUGCAGCAGCUGAUGGGGAAUGCAGUGUACACAUUUGAGCAGCUCCUCUUCAAAACCCUGAGAGACAACCCUGAACAGUUAGGCCCUGCCAUGGAAAAGGCAAAGCACAGAGUCCUGAAGCAAUACGACUAUGACAGCAGCACAGUGAGAAAAAGGAUCUUCCAGGAGACCCUGCUGCACAUGACUCUCCCUGCGAUGAAGAAGAACAUGGCUCCCAAAUGCAAACCAGAACUACAGACCUUUGAUCAGUACAUCUUUGCUGAUUAUUCAGAUUUCAUACAAGUGGAAAAUGUGUAUGAUGAAAUUCUGUUGCAGACACUGGAAUGUGACAUCAGCAAAGUGGUGAAUGAGGCUGCCAGUCUGAAGAAACACAACCUAUAUUUGGACGGCACUGACAUGCGCCUUACAAGCCAGUCCAGUCUUGAAUGCCCGACCCCUCCUGGAUCCUCCCCUGUCAGCCCAGCCAAGCGUCCCCACUCACAGACCCCUGACUCCCCGCUCAUAAGAAAUGGCCAGCUAGUGCUUACAGAGCAGAAAGACACAUCCAGUGUAGAUCCAGAGCUGGUGGAGAAUUCAGAAAAGCAUGUCGCAGCUGAGACGGUGAAUGGGGAUGCACCCAGCACUCUUGAAGCUGAGAAGAUUGCAUCUAGCCCAGUUGAACCUGGCAAACCUGAAGCUGAGAUUACAUCUAGCACUGCUGAAGUUGACAAACAGGUCACCCCUAGCACACCUGAAGCUGAAGUGAAUACAUCUAGCCCAGCUGAACCUGACAAACAGGUCACCCCUAGCACACCUGAAGCUGAAGUGAAUACAUCUAGCCCAGCUGAACCUGACAAACAGGUCACCCCUAGCAUACCUGAAGCUGAGACAGUAAUCCUACCUAGCCCACCUAGCGUACCUGAAACUGAGAAGGAGCUCACGCCUAGCACAGCUGAAACUGAGCAGGAGAGCAAACCCACCACAGCUGAAACUGAGCAGGAGAGCAAACCCACCACAGCUGAGGCUGAGAAGGAAAGCGCACCAAGCACUGAUGAAAACGAGGAGGACAGUGUAGCCGGAGAAGAAAAAGAGGACACACUCAGUGGGGCAGUGAUGGAGAAGGACAUGCCUGGUCCAACUGAAGCAGAAGAGGACACACCCAUUGCAGCUGAACCAAAGAAUGAGGACACGAGUGUCACAGCUGAAGCAGAGCGAGAGGACAUACCCAGCGUAUCUGAGAUACCGACAGAGACUGCUGCUUCAGCCACACCAGUGUCCUCACCAAGCCCCAGCCCUGACUCUGCUAGUGAGGAAAGCCCUGAUAUGGAUGGCAUGGUGACUCCCAGUCCCACUACUCCCUUGGCUGAGGCUGGCACAGGCACAGGCAGCCCAUCUAUGGUUGCGAACGACAAGCCUGAAGAAAAUUCUGCAACCGACCCGACGCACCCCCCUGCAGAUGCCGUCACAGACACUGGAGCACCCUCUACGGGUUGUCCUAACACUGAGGGGCCCGAGAUCACAGUAGAAGCCCCGGAUAGCGAUAUUGGAGUAAUGUCUGCUGGGGACACUCACUCCACCGAAGAGGUCACGGAGAGCGACGUUCCUCUGACCUCCGACCCCACGGCAGAGGGAACGGAAGGGGACCCAGAAGCCCUCAACGUUGAGCCUGUUUCGGAGGCUACAGAAUCCGAAAAGCAUGUUGAGCCCGUCCCCACUGCUGAAGAACCAGGAGAGGGCGCUGUAACCCAGGGAGAAGAGCUCGUCGCAGAGACUACGGAGAACGCCCUCCCCACUGCGGCGGUCUCCCCCAGAGUCAGCUCUUCGGCCGAGGCUGAUCCUGCCAAGGAGCCUGAACAGGUGAAGGCCUCGGCCUUGGACUGUGUCAGGGAGAUCCGCGACCUGGUGGUGGAGGUCUUCGAAGUGGAGGAGAUGGUGCAGCGCUACCCGGACAGCGGAAGCUCAUGAUCCCUGCUGCCAAGAAGAUGUAGCACCCGGGAACAGGAACACACAGGGCGCGGAGGCUAGAGUACCAACACGCCUACAAACCUACGCUUAACAGUGGCCUGGCUAACGACAUUCAAAAUGUGCCUUAUUUUGAGGACAUAAGCUCUAAGUCCUGCCAAUCAAAGCGACUAUCAGCAAGGUAGCAAUAAUAAUCCAUCUCCAUUUCUCCUGACAGUGUGGAAGUAAAACCAAAAAGAUUUUCAUCUAGUUUAAGGAUUUAAGUUAUAAUUCCUUUAAUAUUUCAGUUAAUUACUUAAAGGGAUAUUUUUUGGGGUUAAUAUUUUUACAUAUUAUUUCAGUUUCGAUUUAUGCUCUCAAUUGGUCCAGGCAGUAUUUAUGUGCAAUGGCAGAGGUUUUAGAUGCAUAAAAAUGUUUCUGAUGCUGGUAGAGGGUUUAAAAGCUAGAAAAUACAUAAAGUGUGUCCAAAGCAGUGUGAAUGUUUGAAAACACUAAAACUGGAAUAUUUCUUGGAAAAACAAAGGGAAUUAUCCCUUUUAAGUAGAAUAAAAGCAUAAUUUCUUUGUUUCAUGACCAAGUACCAAGUACCAGUUUUAUUCUGGUAGAAAUAGUUGUAUUAUAAAAGUACCUUUUCUUUUUAACAUUUAUCUAAUUUAUAUUAUUCAAAUGAUUUCUUUUCAUGUUGUUAUGUGAUCACUGUAGUGUGAAAAUGGCUUUGAAGUUGAAGAAUUACAAGUUAGGAAACUACUGGAAUGUAUACACUUAACUGAUAUUUACUUUUUUGCAUCAAGACAAAGAAGGCACAACCUGGUUGCGAGUAUGUUGUGAGAUUUCUCUCCUAGAUAUCCUCAUAUGAUCCAAUACAGAAAUUACACACACAUUCAAAGCUGCUUACCAUGAGGAAACUAGGUUUCCCUUCUUCAUGAGAAUCUGUUUAUGCUAACUGGGCAUCUUUCCUUUUUUAAAAUCCAUUGUGUAUUAAAAUCUACGGUUUAAUGCGUUUUAGGUUCUAAGUGCCUCUAUAAAACAGAACUGAGUCCAAAUGUGAGAAUGAUUUUCGAUAUUUUCCUUUUUUGACAAUUUUAUAUUGUGAAGUCUGUCCAAACUAUACAACCAUCCAUGAUUGCCUGAUUGUUGGGUGUAGCUUUAUUUAUUGUUUCCAUUUUCAAUAUAAUCAUACUGAUUUAACACGUAUCCCGUGCUGACGUAUGUGAGGAGAAAGGCAGUGUGUUUGCAUUCCAAAUAGACCCCUUUCUCCCUGUUCCCAUCUGUACGUGACCACUUGGAUUUUAGUGGCCAUGAGUUUACCUGGGCCAUAAAAAGAACUCUUCUGUAGUAGUAAACUAUUAGAGGGAUAUUAUUGUAACAGAACUUUGAUAAUUCAAUUUGGUCCAAAUUAAAGCAGUGCUAACGCUUGUGGUGGCAUACUUUAGUAGUGCAGCUGUGCAAACAGGUUUUUUCUAUGAACAUACACAUUAUCUGGAUAAAGGAUAUAACCCAUUUGUUUUACUGAAAAAUCACAGGUGAGAAUGGAGUAAUUGUACACUGAUAUGUAUAGUGAAAACCAAACUACAGUAAUAAAAAUAAUUCAAUAAGCA